AUGGGGGCCGUUUACUUGCGGGUGAAGAUACUUCUGCCUCGACGGAUCACGAAACGUAAUCUCGACCCCAACGAGGCAGGAUCCGGGUCAGGGUCGGAGGCAGAUGGGCGACCGAGACGACGAGAUGUGAUCAAGCGCAAAGGUGACUUAGGCGGCGGUUUCAUUCAGUGGCAUUGGUUUUGGGGAAUCCCGUCGGGCCGCGGGGUGCCACUGCGGGAAUCGCAUACGGAGGGUUGCGCAGGAUGGACGACAGGCGGGCUGAGCCACGAAGAUCAGGGCUCAAGCACUGGCAUUCCAGGCAGCAGGGUCAGAAGGACAGAAGUGCAGUUAGAAGAGGCAGAAGCAAAAAGAGAAAUCCAUAAGACCAGAAAGGAAGAAAGCUUAGGAGAGGGAGGGCAAUUGACUUUAUGUGAUGGAAGGAAGCUGCACCGACGAGCGGUUCGCAAAGGCCGUAUGGUAUGGUAA